GUCAGUUGCCUCCCCGUCCAGGUCUGUGCAGAGCCCAGAGAUAAGCCACUUGGACGGGAGGCCCCACUCCCAACUUUGGACAGGUGUCCAUGCACUCGACAAUGAGGCUGGCCGCAGCAGUCCUGUUUCUGAGUCUCACGCUGGUGGUCACCAGGGACAUGGAGGAAGGCGACUUGUGUUUGUACGAGGCUCUGUCUGACGCCGAUGCUGUCCUCUGCAAGGGCCUUGAAGUUUUCUACCCAGAGCUGGGGAACAUUGGCUGCAUGUUUGUUCCUGACUGCAACAACUACAGACAAAAGAUCACCCACUGGGCUAAGCCCGUAGUCAAGUUCCCUGGGGCCUUGGAGGGCGCAACCUACAUCCUGGUGAUGGUGGAUCCAGAUGCCCCGAGCAGGUCUUCACCCAAAGCUCAAUUCUGGAGACACUGGCUGGUAACAGAUAUAAAGGGCGCUGAUAUAAAGAAAGGGAAGGUCCAGGGCCAGGAGUUGUCACCCUACCAGCCUCCGUCCCCACCAGCAAAAAGUGGCUUUCACCGCUACCAGUUCUUCGUCUAUCUUCAGGAAAGACAGAACAUCUCUCUCCAUUCCAAAGAAAACAAAACUCGAGGCUCUUGGAAAAUGGACAGAUUCCUGAACCGCUUCCACCUGAGCGAACCUGAAGCAAGCACCCAAUUCAUGACCCAAAAUUACCAGGACUCACCCAAUUACCAGACCCCCGGAGCUGGAAACAGUGAGCCGAAGGAUAAAUCCAAGUAGAGAUAACUGCCUGCCAGACAUCAGGCUUCACACUGUGGGGGUGUGUGUCCACAGUGCCCACCAGCGACGGUCUGGGUAUGGCACCCCCACUGGGUAUGGAACCCCUUCUCUUCCAAAUUAAAAAAAAAUCAU